AUGGCUUGUCCUCGUGGGAGCUAUCCUGCCGGUGGCUGUAGGAAUUGCCUGAUGUGUACGUCCGUCGUCGCCACCAAGACCACUACAACACUACCUUGCACAUACAGACCAAAAGGACCCCUCCCCGGGCCCAUCAAACCCAUACCCGGCGAACUUCCUGUCGAUUGCCGUUCUCAGCCAGAUGCCCCGAAUCCCCCGAACGCCCCUGCAACUCCUGUCUCCAAAGUCCGUGCCUCGACCGCGAGGAGACGUCUUGCUCUGACAUCCAAACCCGUCAACACGCACCUGGCGGAAACAAUACCUCGUCGUCUCUCCACUGCCGUUCCCGAGUGUUCGUCAUCAGCGCCUUUACCAACGCCUUCAACGUUUUCAGCACCUUCAACGCCUUCAACCUCUGUCCGAAGACCCGAUCCCGGACUCCAUGUAGAACCUACCUCCCCGAGGCUUCACUCCCCUUUGCGUCACUCCGUGACCUUUUCCAACGAUAUCGACCUCGCGCCUGAAUCACAGUUUCAAAGCCCUCCCGCCGGGCAUUUUCGGCCCCAAUUCUUCGACAUGGCUUUCACCGGUGAUAAGAGGACCACUGUCCCCAGGUCCAGGACCAGUCUGCCUGCUGUUGUGGAGGAAGCUCCUCGAAAUCGAUUUCCGUCUUGGUUCUCUCGCGCCAGUGUUUCUGCCCCUACCGCAUCAGCACCCUCAUCGACACCAGCGGUUCCCGAAGCUCGACCACGCAGCGGCUCAUCGGCGUCCAAGAUUGCGGCCGCAGCUGCUCUGUCUCGAUUCAACAUCUUUGGCGCCAUAUCCACUCCUUCUACUCCUACCUCUCCCACAUACGGCGACGAGCUGAUGAAUCUCGACAUUGAAAAGGGUCUCUUUCCCAAUGGAGCUCCUGUUGAAGGAAGCACAUUCUCGCCAUCCUCAUUUAAGAACCUACAAAUGAAUGCCACCGGACUGCUGAGCAAGUUCCAGGCGGCCUAUCAGCAACGCACAACCGAAGUCCAGGAGCUCAAGGCUGAGCGCGAGACGGAAGCAUCCACUAUGAACGACGCCGGGGAAAAGAUUCGACAGCUUGAAAAGAAGCUCGAUGAACAGGCCCGGCAAGCUGCAGAGCGCGAUGCUUUUAUCGAGCAUCUACUCAACCAGCUUGCUGACCAAAAAGACCGCGCGGAUAUGGAGGCUGAGGCAAAUCGCGAAAAAGAGUUGGCACCCUCUGGAGCUUCCACCAUUUCCGAGGACCUGUGUAUCGACGAGGAUCGUCAAAGACGCUGGCGAAAGAGCACUUCGACCUCCUCUGAUGAUGGUAGUGUGGAUGAAGCAAGUGUCUUUUCUCGAUCCCGGAGCCCGACCAUCUCUACCAGCAUCAUGUCAGCAGAUAUCAGCCCGGUCACGACCCCCACAAUUCAGUAUAAGCCAGUCAUUAUUGAGCCUCCACGGGUCAACCGCAACAGCAGCGCUCAAAUGAACCCUAUUCAGAAGCUCUUCAAGGGGAUGACUAGUGAAGCGCCCAGGAAUACAGCCCCUGACACCUGUCGCAAUUGCCAAGGGCAGGAGGCCAGUAUUGCUUGGGAUACAGUCAAUCUUCUCAAGGAUGAAAACAAGGGGCUCAAGCAAAGAGUCGAAGAACUUGAGACAGCUGUCGAGGGCGCACUAGAUGUCGUCAAUGGCUUGGUGUUGUGA